UUCCAGCUCAUUUGAUUCUUCACAGUCCUCCUCUGAUUCUGUCACCACUGAUUCCUCAUUUGAGAAGAAAAAAAAGAAUAGACAGGAAAGAAGAAAAGGGAAGAAGAGCAAGAAGGAGAAAAAAGUGGUCAUCUUCCAUCGCGAUCAACAUGAGCCAACCCCGUUCUUCUGAUGUUAAUGUGAAGAACUCAAAUGCAGCAUUCACUGAGCCUCUAAAAGAAGGCAUCCACUCCAUCAAAAGAGUCUGCGAAGCCCUCACUGAAGCAGAUGUAGAUCCGUUUAGUGGCCAGUGCUCCAACUACAACUACAUUAGAGAGCAGAUUGUGCAGGCCAAGCAGAGCCUGGAGCAGUCAGAACAGGCAGCCGCUACAGUGCUGAGGAGUCUGGAUGAAAGAAUUGAAAUCCUUACGUGUGAUGAGGGAAAACUUGAACAGAAGAUGACUGCUACACAAGAAAUGUUAGACAACCUGAAAAUGAAACAGACGUCUAAUGAAAAAUUGCUGAGUGAUUCUGAAGGUGCUCUGGAGCUGGCCAAAACAAACCUAAGCACAACAAGAGAAGCACUUCAGAGACAGGAAGAAAGGAGAGACACAGCUACGACUGUGAGGGAUGUUGGAUGGGGCGUGACAUUAAUACCCAUAGUCGGAUGGAUUGCCGGUCCCAUCAUGAUAGCUGUUGGAGAAGCAGAAAUAGCCCAAGCUACAGAAGCUAUCAAAGUGGCUGAAAAGGAAGUGAAAGCAUCAAAGAAAGAAAAGAAAAAAUACAAAAGAAAAGUCUCAGGCUACGAGUCCAAGAUUUCUAAGACUGAGCGCAAAAUCAAGCAAAAACAUAAAAAGGCAGACCGGAUCCAUGAAGAGAUUGAAAAAGUGAAUCAGCAGAGAGACGCCGUAGCUGAGUUCCAGGAGAAAGUGAGAAGUGCCGUCCACGUCCUGAGUGAAAUGGGUGGGACGUCCAGAGUGGCUGAGGUUCAGACUCGCAGAUUCAUCAUCCAGGGGCCAGUGAUGAAGGUGAUGGAGGAUCUGGUGAAGGCAGCAGAUAAAAUAACAGGGAACUGGCUUUGCUUAACUGACUCCGAAUAUGAAAAAACGAACGCAGGCAGGGUCCGUGUACCUUUGUUGAAUUGGCUUUUCCAUUUAUUUUCCAGCAAUAAAAGAAAAAGGAGAACAACCGUAUUUUCCCAUUUUGAAUGAUAUACAUAUUUUUGAACUAAGAAAAGCAAGUUGUUUUCUACCACAUGCCUAAACUAAACAAAAUAUGAAAAUAUGAAAAAUAUGGUUUGGGCUGCAGAUGUUUAACACUGUUAUCACCACGGCACCAUACAUUUUGAAACAGAGGAAAAUAGUUAUUAUUAUUAGGAGAGUUGCACUAAUAGAGAAAUGGAUUGGACAGCCACUUCCAGAACCACCACAGUUGUGCCUCUUUGGAGACAAGUCUUUGGUGCCAGAAAGAGUCACUAAGGCAGAAUUCGGGGAGCUCUGAUAGAAUUAUUUUCCACAAACAGAAUAUUUUGUGUAGAUGUAAGAGCUCACAGAAACCAGAGGUUAUGGAACGGCUCGGGUCUACAAUUGAAACGGCCUCAAUAGAAAGUAUCAUGGCUAAUCUGAAUAAUUCUUGAAGGAACUUUAACCAGGUUCGAGAUAAUUUUAUUAUGUAUAUAAGAGGUUUAAUUUAGGGAGAAGUUAAUUUAUUAGUGUGACA